CGGAUAAACAUAAUGUACUGACUGUUACGGCAAACUAAAUUUCACUCAACUGGUGCACACUGGACUACGAACAAAAUGCAAAAACCAUGUUUGAAAACAUGCAUACAGGCCAUGCGUCAUUUUUGGCGCCUUCAAAACAACUAAACAUUUAUAAAAAAUCGCAAUUUUGGCUAGAAGUGCAGAGAUAUUUACCAUCUAAAAGGCAUCAAGAGUCAGAUGACGUCUCGACCCUCGAAAGGAACUGGGAAUCCACAAGGGUCCUCAAACAAUUCAAGACCUGGUGGGUCUAAAAAUCGGCCUAAUAGAGCCGUGGGCUCAUCGGGCGCAAAAGCGACUGGUUCGAAAACUCCAGGAGGUGGGAAACAGAUGGUUCCAAAGAUCGACCCGAAUGCAUUUCCAAUCGAGAAAAGACGACUGCCCAAUGGAGAGAUUGAGUAUGCGCCUAAAGGGUAUACGAAGAGGAUCAUCAAGCCAGCGGACAAGCCGGAGUUGAUUGCUGUGGCCAAGGCCAUGCACGAGGAUCAGUUCGGAGAGAGGGUGCAGGAGUUGUUUGCUCCGGAGAAAGAUGCGGCGAUGAGGGCCCUGGAGACUGGCAUCUACAUCAGCUGGAGGUGUCCAGAGUUCACAUGGGACUGCAUUAGGGUCAACGAUCAGAACAUGUGUUUCUGUGGACAUCUAUUGAACCAACACAAGCAGUACAAAGCAGACAUUCCUAACACCUCUGUUCCCUGUCAAUUUCACGGGUGCCAAUGUAAAGCCUUCAAGUUCAUGCCAGCGAGACCAGAAGACGUCGGCGAGUUUUGGCACCGCAAACGUCCCGGAUUCAACCCAAAAACAUUCCGCUUGAACUGUAAAUCGUGCAAACAUCCCCAUGAAGAUCAUCAUCCAAAUGGAAUUCAUCAGUGUAAAAAGCCAGGAUGUAAGUGCAGCUCUUGGGCUUCCUUGUCCGUCUGUGCAGCCUGUGACAAACACACAGAAGAACACGAAACCUAUUUCGAGUCAGAGAGAACCCGAAAGCAAGCAGGAUUACCUGUUGGCGAAGCUCAUCUUCCCUUCGCCGAGAUGAAAAAUCUGCGUAACGCGGUGCUUACUGGCGAUGAGAAUGACUCGACAGGGUACAAUGAGCUCGUUCGGUAUCACAACCCAAACCGACAUGGAAAUCCUGCGGGACCGAGUCGCUACCAGAGCGACAAUCCGUUCAGAUAACCGAUUCAUUAACUUCGCCGAACUUUUCUUUUCAACUAGUGACUGAACUUCUAAUUGAUGAACAAAAUUGUUUUUUCUUUGUGGCAAAGUAUAGAAUGCAACAGUUUAAAUUAAACCGUAGUUUAAA